AUGGAAGCACAGAACCUAACACGUGUCUGGGAAUUCCUCCUACUGGGCCUGUCAGAGGAUCAAGAAACACAGCUCUUCCUCUUUGGGUUGUUCUGCUCCAUGUACCUGGUCACAGUGCUCGGGAACCUACUCAUCAUCCUGGCUGUCACCUCUGACUCCCACCUGCACACCCCCAUGUACUUCUUCCUCUGCAACCUGUCCUUGGCUGACGUGGGGUUCACCUCCACAACCAUCCCCAAAAUGCUGGUGAACCUCCAGACACACAGCAAAUCCAUCACCUAUGAGGGCUGCCUAACUCAGGUGUUCUGUUUUUAUUUUUUUGGAUGUUUGGACAGUUUGCUCUUGACGGCAAUGGCCUAUGACCGACUCAUGGCCAUCUGUUACCCUCUGAACUAUGUGGUCAUCAUGAAUGACCGCCUCUGUGGUCUGUUGGUCCUGGUGUCACUUCUCAUCAGCCUUUUGGACUCCCAGCUGCACUGUUUGGUGGUGUCACAGCUUGCAUUCUGCACACUUGUGGAAAUCCCUCAUUUCUUUUGUGACCCUCCUCAACUCAUCCGUCUGGCCUGCUCCGACACUUCCACCAGCCGCAUGCUGAUCUAUAUGAUUGGCGUCAUCUUUGGUGGGGUUCCAGUCUCAGCAAUCCUGUACUCUUACGCUCGGAUUGUCUCCUCUGUUCUGAGGGUCCCAUCCACAGACGGGAAGCAGAAAGCCUUCUCUACCUGUGGUUCUCACCUGUCUGUGGUUUGCUUGUUUUAUGGGACAGGCCUUGGGGUGUAUCUCAGUUCAGCUAUCUCGUCCUCCCCCAAGAAGGGUACCGUGACCUCGCUGAUGUAUACCACAGUGGCUCCCAUGCUUAAUCCCUUCAUCUAUAGCUUGAGAAACAGAGACAUGAAGACAGCCCUCUGGAAGGUUCUCAGAAGAUUCAUCUAA